AUGCUCAGAGGCCGGUCCUUGUCUGUGACUUCCCUGAGUGGGCUCCCUGUGUGGGAAGCCGAAAGACUUCCUGUGGAAGACUUACUGCUUUUUGAAGUCUCUUGGGAGGUGACCAACAAAGUUGGGGGCAUCUAUACUGUGAUUCAGACCAAGGCCAAAACAACAGCAGAUGAAUGGGGAGAAAACUACUUUCUAAUAGGUCCGUAUUUUGAGCAUAAUAUGAAGACUCAAGUAGAAAAGUGUGAGCCCAUCAAUGAUGCUGUCAGAAGAGCCAUGGACGCCAUGAAUAAACAUGGCUGCCAGGUGUAUUUUGGAAGAUGGCUGAUAGAAGGCAGUCCCUACGUGGUGCUCUUUGACAUAGGCUCUUCAGCAUGGAACCUGGACAGGUGGAAGGGUGACUUCUGGGAAGCAUGUGGUGUUGGCAUCCCUCACCACGACCGAGAAGCCAACGACAUGCUUAUAUUUGGGUCUUUAACUGCCUGGUUCUUAAAAGAGGUGACAGAUCAUGCAGACAGUAAACAUGUCAUUGCCCAAUUCCAUGAAUGGCAGGCUGGAACUGGUCUAGUCCUUUCUCGUGCCAGGAAACUCCCCAUCGCCACAAUAUUUACAACCCAUGCCACACUACUUGGGCGGUAUCUCUGUGCAGCAAAUAUUGACUUCUACAACCAGCUUGACAAGUUCGACGUAGAUAAAGAGGCGGGGGAGAGACAGAUUUAUCACCGCUACUGCAUGGAACGGGCCUCUGUGCACUGUGCGCAUGUGUUCACCACCGUGUCAGAAAUCACAGCCAUCGAGGCAGAGCACAUGCUGAAGCGGAAGCCUGAUGUAGUAACUCCCAAUGGCUUGAAUGUUAAGAAGUUUUCUGCAGUGCAUGAAUUUCAAAAUCUCCAUGCCAUGUACAAGGCCAGAAUCCAGGAUUUUGUUCGAGGUCAUUUCUAUGGUCAUUUGGAUUUUGAUCUUGAAAAGACUUUAUUCCUCUUCAUUGCUGGGAGGUAUGAAUUCUCAAACAAAGGAGCUGACAUCUUCUUGGAAUCCUUAUCCAGGCUCAACUUCCUCCUAAGGAUGCACAAGAGUAACGUCACUGUGGUGGUGUUUUUCAUCAUGCCUGCCAAGACAAACAAUUUCAACGUGGAAACCCUGAAGGGCCAGGCAGUGCGGAAGCAGCUGUGGGACACCGUGCAUUCUAUGAAGGAAAAGUUUGGAAAGAAACUCUACGAUGGGUUAUUGAGAGGAGAAAUUCCCGACAUGAAUAGUAUCUUGGAUCGAGAUGACAUAACAAUUAUGAAGAGAGCCAUUUUUUCAACUCAGAGACAGUCUUUGCCUCCUGUGACCACUCACAACAUGAUUGAUGACUCCACGGAUCCCAUCCUCAGCACCAUUAGACGGAUUGGACUUUUCAACAAUCGUGCAGACAGAGUCAAGGUGAUUUUACAUCCAGAAUUUCUGUCCUCCACCAGCCCCCUACUACCCAUGGAUUAUGAAGAGUUUGUCCGGGGUUGUCACCUUGGGGUGUUUCCAUCAUACUAUGAACCCUGGGGUUACACUCCAGCUGAGUGCACGGUGAUGGGCAUCCCAAGUGUGACAACAAACCUCUCUGGCUUUGGCUGUUUCAUGCAGGAGCAUGUGGCUGACCCUACUGCAUAUGGUAUUUACAUCGUUGACAGGCGCUUCCGAUCUCCAGAUGAUUCUUGCAAUCAGCUGACUCAAUUUCUUUAUGGGUUUUGCAAACAGUCGCGCCGUCAAAGAAUCAUCCAGAGGAACCGCACAGAGAGGCUCUCAGAUCUUCUGGACUGGAGAUACCUAGGCAGAUAUUACCAGCAUGCCAGACACCUGACUCUAAGCAGAGCUUUUCCAGAUAAAUUCCAUCUGGAGCCCACCUCACCUCCAACGACGGAUGGGUUUAGGUAUCCCAGGCCCUCCUCAGUACCACCUUCUCCAUCAGGAUCUCAGACCUCCAGUCCUCAGAGCAGUGAUGUGGAAGAUGAAGGAGAUGAGGAUGAAAGAUAUGAUGAGGAAGAGGAAGCUGAGAGGGAUCGGUUAAAUAUCAAGUCACCGUUUUCUCUGAACCACGUUCCAAAGGGGAAGAAAAAGCUUCAUGGGGAAUAUAAGAGCUGA